UUUUGGAUAUCGAGCAGCCUUCGAACCACCCAUUAUCGAAAAAUGACAAUAAACAGGAACCUAUCAUUUGUCAAGUCCCAAAAAUUCUCCGUAAUGUAGAUGAUGAAAAACAUUACACUCCUCAGUUAGUUUCCAUUGGCCCUUUUCAUCAUGGCCAAGAAAGCUUGAAGGAAAUGCAAUGUCACAAGGAGAAUUAUUAUUUGAAAAACUUUCUUAAUGAACGUUCUACAAAGAAGAAAGAGGAAAUCUCACAGUUCAUUCAAGAACAUUUUGAAAAUAUGAUCAGGUCUAAAUAUGUUGGUCCCAUAGAGCUUAAGGACAAUGAGUUCAAAGAUAUUAUUCUCACUGAUGCUUGCUUCAUAUUUGAACUCUUUUCCUUAACGUGUGAAGGAAAAAGGCCAGAAGAUUACAUAUUGUCAACUCCAUUAUUAUUAUAUUGGACAAAGAAGGACUUGGUAAUGUUCGAGAACCAGAUUCCAUUAUCUUUUCUUCAGAACCUAUUCGACUUUACCAACCCUAAGCCCGGCCACUCACGGUCGUUUCUGGAGCUUUCCAUGAAAUUCUUUCAACUUAAAAUUCCUUCAGACCACUUGGAUGGAAUAAAACACUUCACUGAUUUGUACAGAAGGUCUUGGCUCCCAAAAGAAAAUUUUAAGAGUCAUUAUCGUACAAAUUUCUACGAUCUUAGAUACACUGCAACAAAGCUAGACAAAGCCGGUGUUGAUUUUGCUCCUCCGCCACCCAAAGAAGACUCAACACCGCUAACAAGAGUUAAGGUUUCGCAGCAGGGAUGGCGGUGGUGCAAAUUCAUACCAUGUUUGAAUUCCCUCAAGCUUCAACUUCCUGUUUUGGAGAUACAGAAUAACACAGAAUGUUUUUUGCUAAAUGCGAUGGUAAUGGAACAAUGUCAACCUGAUCCGCAGUCCAAGACUCCCAUCUGUAGCUACAUUUGGCUAAUGGAUAAACUCAUAAAUACCGAGGAGGACGUGGAACUAUUAGUUGAGAAGAAAGUCAUUUCUCAUUGUCUUGAAAGUAAUAUGGCUGUGGCGAACAUGAUCAACAAACUUCCCAAGAAUAUAUAUGUGGAAAAUUUCAUCUACAAUGACGAAUGCAAACCACUUAACGAAUUCUAUGAGCGUUGGUACAACCGUGCUAAGGAAACUCUCAAAAGGGUUUACUUUAAGGAUCUUUGGACGACCAGUUCCACUUGUGUUGCAGGUUUGGUAGUCCUAUUCACAGCUAUCUCAGCCAUCGAGUCGUUAAAGUCGUUGCUAGGAAAUUAAGAAAUCCUUUCUCUCGCCACUAAAUUAUCCAAUUUUCUUGUUAUUAUUACUGUAACGACCCAACUACU